AUGUUGGCUAUGGACCAAGGAGUGGUGGAGGAAUGGCUGUCAGAAUUUAAGACUCUCCCUGACAGUGCCAUCUCCACCUAUGCUGCCUCACUAAAAGACAAAGGUGCCCUGGUUCCCGCCCUCUACAAAGUCAUUCGAGAGAACUACAGCGACCUGUUGGAGCCGGUGUGCCACCAGCUGUUUGAGUUCUACCGGAGCGGCGUGCCCCAGCUGCAGCGUUUCACGCUUCAGUUCCUGCCAGAGCUGCUGUGGAGCCUCCUGUCAGCCAGCGCGGCCAGAGACCCGCACACCUCCGGCUGCAUCGAGGCGCUGCUGCUGGGCAUCUACAACCUGGAAAUAGUUGAUAAAGAUGGACAAAGCAAAGUGUUAUCUUUCACAGUACCUUCCCUCUCCAAACCUUCAGUGUACCACGAGCCCUCGGCCAUUGGCUCCAUUGCUCUCACGGAAGGAGCUUUAGCCAAUCACGGCUUGAGCAGGGUAGUGUACAGCGGGCCACACCUCCAGAGGGAAACCUUCACAGCACAGAACAGGUUUGAGGUCCUGACCUUCCUGCUGCUGUGCUACAACGCUGCUCUGAGCUACAUGACAUCCACCUCCCUGCAGUCCCUCUGCCAGCUCAGCUCCAGGGUGUCCAUAUGCGGUUACCCACGGCAGCAGAUACGGCGCUACAAAGGCAUCAGCACCCGACUGACUGUCACGUCAGAGUUCCUGGUUCAGCUCAUCACAGGGAUCCACUACGCUCUGUGUAAUGGCGAAGUUGAACUAGGAUCCAAAGCGCUGGAUGACGUGGGUAACGCCAUAAAGUCCUCUCUGCACGGAGCCGCUCUGAAGAGCAACAACAAGGAAGGUGCGCGGAGCAUCCAGGUGGAGAUCACGCCCACCUCCUCCAGGAUCUCCCGCAACGCCGUCACCUCCCUCUCGAUAAGGGGCCACCGCUGGAAGAGACACGAGUCCCCGGAGGUGAGUGUAGACGGUGACGCUGCGCUGGGGGGCGUGGCCAUCCCCGAGAUCAGUGUGACCGGUGUGGGCGGCGAGCGAAUGGCCAACGGAGACUCCCUGCGGCCACGCCUCGAUGGCCGCACCCAACUUGACGGCGAUACUGUGGGUGCUUCCUGCGAGGUCAGCCUGGACCACAGAAGUCAUGACUCCGGCUCUCGGAGUCAGGAGGUCAGGAGGCAGAAGUCUGUGAGGCGAAUGGUGGAGAAUGAGGACGCAGUGGAUCUGGGUUCCCCGGAUGAGCUGAUGGACAUCUCCGAGGUGGACGAAGGGGUGUGGCCCGGCGGGGCGGCGCCCGAGCUGACCCCGCCCACCAUCACCAUCAGCAACAGCAUCACCACGCUGAACCUGGGCGCCAAGGCCAUGAAGAAGUGCCGGCUGGGCGGGCGCAGCAGCAAGGACAGGGACAAGGAGAUCCCCCUGCUGGCCGGCCGGGCCGCCAGCGAGAGCACGGAGCUGGCCAUCAAGCGGCUCACGCUGACCUCCAGCCAGUCGGUGCCCAAAGGGGGCGCGCUGACCAGCCUGACGCGCACCGCCAGCGCCGUCUUCUCCCGCUCCUUUGAGCAGGUGGCCGGCGGGAACGCCCCCCCGCCCACCAGCAACCACGAGGCCGGCCGCUACUCCUGCAGCCUGCAGGAGGAGGCCAUGGGCUACCUGACCCCCACGCCCAACCACGCCCAGCGCUCCCCCAGCAUCAGCGUGCACCUGGGCACCGACCUUUGA